CACGGACAUUUUUUCUCGACGGACAGGAGCGAGUGUGACGUAUUUGUGUGGAGGUCAAGUCAAACAAGCAGGCAUAAUGGUAAAGAAAAAGCGUUUGAGGCUUAUAGCCGAGAUGGCACGGAAGAUCCGAGCUUACCGUGAGCUGAAGAACCGGCCCCGGGACUCUCAGCGCUAUGCUUUAGACUACGACACCAUGACGCGGCCCUUUUCUGGAAAAAAGCUGCCGGUGUUGGCCUGGAAGGAUGUGCAGAGAGAAACCCGCCUCUUCUCUUUACUGUCCGGCAUGCGCAUGUUUGGUUUGGGUCGACUCUUCACGCGCAAAUCCUGGCUGGACGAGCACACGGAGCCCUGCUAUUGGAAAAUAACCAAAGUCAAGGUGGACUACACAGCAGAGAACAUGGAUCACGGGAAAGCAUGGGGCGUCCUAACAUUUAGAGGUAAAGAGGAGCCCAAGGAGCGUGAGGUGGACAAGGUGAUGUACCAUGACUGGCGACUGGUGCCCAAACAUGAAGAGGAGGAGUUCAGGCGCUGUGAGCCUGUCCCGGAGCCUGCUGCCCGGUCAGUGCGGUACCCUCCCCUUCUGCGGGCCAUGAUACUGGCACAGCAGGCCAAAGAGCAGGGGGUGGAGGUCAGCACUCUUCCAGAGCCCCUGCUGCCCCUCAAACGAGUGGUCACGCUCAAUCAGGAGUACUUCAGGAGACAGGAUGAGCUGAAGAAGCAGGAGGGAACACCUGUCUGAGGGGUAAAGGUCACGCUUUGAUGGGAACCACUUCUGCUCCUAGGCACUUUUUAAAGAGCACUGCUGGCUGUAAAGACUGACUUGUGUUUGAUGCUGUUUUAUUCUCACUAAAAUAUAGCUAGGUUCAUCGUACAUCUUCAUGUGGAUAUGCAGCUCAUGAAGAAGGAAAAGGAGGAGAUUUGACACAGUUGGAUCAAGGUGACCAAACUCAAAAGCAUAAGACUCUUUUUGUUUUUUGUCACAAAAUCAUGUGUCUAAUAUUUGUUUAAUA